AAAAAAAACAUAAACAGGGUCGCUUGUGCAUUCCCAGCCUCCCACUCCCUGGUCGGCGCGAAGCCUCGAACCCAGUUCAUCCGACGGGAACCCGGGAAUUAGCAGAGAUACAGUUUGAAUCAGAAAGCAUGUCCACUUAUAUGUGGGCGCCAAUGGCCACUUCCAUGCCGACUUCGUCUUCUUCCUCUCAAUUGCCCGUAAGGAGAAAUUUUAGGACAUGUUGCUUCAUGAAAGCCAGAAAUCAAGCUAAAAUUCCUAUGCCCCCCAUCAACCCUAAAGACCCCUUUCUUUCAAAGCUUGCUUCUGUAGCUGCCACUUCUCCGGAAACGCUGCUUAACCGUCCCGUGAAUUCUGAAGUCCCUCCUUAUUUGGACAUAUUCGAGGCCCCCAAGCUCAUGGCUACUCCCGCCCAAGUGGAGAGAUCUGUUUCAUACAAUGAACACCGUCCUAGAAGGCCUCCACCUGAUUUGCCUUCACUGCUUCUUCAUGGCAGAAUUGUUUAUAUUGGCAUGCCUUUGGUGCCAGCUGUCACAGAACUUUUGUGGCGGAGUGAGUUGAUGUACCUUCAGUGGAUGGACCCAAAAGAACCUAUAUAUAUUUAUAUUAAUUCAACUGGAACUACUCCGAUGAUGGUGAAAUGGUGA